AUGAGCGGCCUACAAACACUCGAGGCCCUCUUCUUCAUGCUUCUAGCGGCGUCGGGGGUCUCUUCUAACACAACCAGCAAAACAGGAACAGCACCUGCAACGAACGUUGUCGUCGAAGAACCAGAAUUUACGGAUGUUAUAGAAAAUGUUACAGUGCCUGCCGGACGGAACGUCAAAUUGGCUUGUUCCGUAAAAAAUCUAGGAUCAUAUAAAGUAGCGUGGAUGCACUUCGAGCAGUCCGCGAUCCUUACUGUACAUAACCAUGUGAUCACACGGAAUCCUCGCAUUAGCGUCACGCACGACAAGCACGACAAGCACAAGACCUGGUUCUUACACAUAUCAAACGUGCAGGAGGAGGACAAGGGACGCUACAUGUGCCAAAUCAACACCGUCACGGCAAAGACGCAGUUCGGCUAUCUGCAUGUGGUCGUGCCGCCCAACAUCGACGACUCCCUCAGCUCCAGUGACGUCAUCGUGCGGGAGGGUUCCAACGUGACGCUAAAAUGUCGCGCCACAGGAAGCCCAACGCCGACGGUAAAAUGGAAACGGGACGACAACUCCAAGAUAGCCAUUAAUAGAUCGCUGAACGUGCCCGAGUGGGAGGGCAAUUCCAUCGAAAUUACGAAAAUCUCCCGCCUGGACAUGGGUGCAUACCUCUGCAUUGCAUCGAACGGCGUACCGCCCACGGUGUCGAAGCGAAUUAAAGUCAGCGUUGACUUUCCACCGAUGCUCUGGAUACCGCACCAGCUGGUCGGGGUGCCACUGUACUUCAACGUGACGCUGGAAUGUUUCACCGAGGCGCACCCAACAUCGCUGAACUACUGGACACGCGAGGACGGCCACAUGAUUCAUGACUCCAAGAAGUACCGAACGGAGUCCAAUGUCGGCAUGCCGGUGUACAAGACGCACAUGCGGCUACACAUCUACAACAUCCAGCAGACGGACUACGGGACGUACAAGUGUGUCGCCAAGAAUCCACGCGGCGAAACGGACGGAACCAUCCGGCUGUACACAUCCACACCUCCGACAACGUCACCCGGACCGCCGACGACCGAGUCCUACUCCGACCAGUGGCCCAACCGGAACGGUAACGAUUCGGCGGGCGGCCUCCACCAUCAUCACGGUCAGCAUCCGAAUUCCUAUUCCGUGCACGCGUUUGAUAGAAAUUCUAAAUACUCCUCCAAUUUGAACGAUAUCGAUCGAUCGGAGCAAAAGUCCUUCGAUACGAAAGUCAUCCAAUGGCCACCAGAAACGAUUCGUAACAAUCAAGGAGCUGCAGUUACUACCCGAAAUAUUCUGUCCAUUAUUGUUAGCACAAGUAUGCUAUAUUUAGCAAAAGUAUGCCUCCAGUAA